AUGCUCUCCACGAUUUCUAGCGGAGUUUCAAACUGCUUACCUGAUUGGGUCGGUUUUCAACUUCAAGUGCACCAGACUGGGACUCUACAAUAUACUGAAGGGCAACGCAGAAAUAGUCAUAAUGUUCUGAUCAGGAGGUUUAUGAGUGGAUCACCGUGUAUGUCCGGAUGUUGUGGGACUAGAACAGGACCGUUCACCCGGCGUGGUAAGCUUCCCGCAAAGGGCGCACCUAUCCCAGGAAAGAAGCCGUUUUGUGAAAAGUUUGAUUUAGGGAGGUACAUGAUGUUUCGCAAGACUAUCACUAACACAUGUUAUUCAACAUACCUAUCACGGAUUCAAGCGUUCUCACCUUUACAGUACCAUGGAACACAAGUUGAAUGGAGAACGGACGAUGCUGUAGCGGGAUCUGUGAAGCAGAGACGGGAACGGGAAUCAUGUACAAGUCUUCCCACAUUUUGUUUGACAGAUGCGGGAGCGAUGAUAAGAAUCAAAUUGAAAGUCUCAUGCGUUUGUAUGGCUUCAUCAUUCAUCCGGCUUCCCACAGAAGUCAAUGGGGUCAAUGCUGUAAGACGCGAUCGAUCGGGUACCGAAAAUGUCUCCAAUGUAGAAAGGCAAUUGAAGGGUAAAGAUGAUGCAUACUUCUAUCUACAAGGGUUUAUAUCUACAAACUACCUACGAGAUGACUAA